AUGGCGGGUUGCAUGGCGCGGGCUCCGCCGGGCUCUGAGGCGCGCCUCAGCCUUGCCACCUUCCUGCUGGGAGCCUCGGUGCUCGCGCUGCCACUGCUCACGCGCGCCGGCCUGCAGGGCCGCACCGGGCUGGCGCUCUACGUGGCUGGGCUCAACGCGCUGCUGCUGCUGCUCUACCGGCCGCCACGCUACCAGAUAGCCAUUCGAGCAUGUUUCCUUGGUUUUGUGUUUGGCUGCGGCAUGCUGCUAAGUUUUAGCCAGUCUUCUUGGAAUCACUUUGGCUGGUACAUGUGCUCCCUGUCAUUAUUCCACUAUUCUGAAUACUUAGUGACGGCCGUCAAUAAUCCCAAGAGUCUGUCCCUGGAUUCCUUUCUCCUGAAUCACAGUCUGGAGUAUACUGUAGCUGCCCUUUCUUCUUGGAUAGAGUUCACGCUUGAAAAUAUCUUCUGGCCAGAACUGAAGCAGAUCACCUGGCUGAGUGUCACCGGGCUGCUGAUGGUGGUCUUUGGGGAGUGUCUGAGGAAAGCAGCCAUGUUUACAGCUGGUUCCAACUUCAACCACGUGGUGCAGAACGAAAAGUCAGACACUCACACUCUGGUGACAAGUGGCGUAUAUGCUUGGUUCCGCCACCCUUCUUAUGUUGGGUGGUUUUACUGGAGUAUUGGAACCCAGGUGAUGCUCUGUAACCCAAUCUGUGGCGUGGCAUAUGCCUUGACAGUGUGGCGGUUUUUCCGAGAUCGAACGGAAGAGGAAGAGAUCUCCCUGAUUCACUUUUUUGGAGAGGAGUACCUGGAGUACAAGAAGAGGGUGCCCACGGGCCUGCCUUUCAUCAAGGGAGUCAAGAUGGAGCUAUAA